AUGUCUCCUCCGCAUGCUACUCAAGGACCAGACAAGUUCUUAUGGCGUAAUGGGACAGAUCAUUAUGUUCCUAAGUUUUCCUCUAAAGCAACGUGGCACCGUAUCAGAGAGGUUGCACCAGAGGUCCCUUGGUUCGAGUUGGUAUGGUUUAAGGAAGAGAUUCCUAGAUGCUCCUUUGUUGUGUGGAUGGCUAUUCUCUCUAGACUUCCUACCAGAGACAGACUGGCUUCUUGGGGCAUGGUAGUGUCUACGGCUUGCGUCCUCUGUUCUACGGGACAUGAGUCUCACCAGCAUUUAUUCUUCUUGUGCCCUUUUGUCUCUGCUAUUUGGGCUCACUUUUCAGGAAGUUAUUGGCAAGCUGCUCCAUCAUCAAUGAUCGAUGUGGCUGAGCUCCUUUCUCUGAACCAGGUUGCUGUCUCUCCAAGACUACAGGUGGUGAUUAAAUUGUUGAUGCAGACUGUUGUCUACUGCACAUGGCGAGAGAGAAACUCCCGCAUCUUCAAGCACGUUGCCUCCACGGAAGCAGGAGUCAUUGCGCGAGUUGACAGACUCAUCCGGGAUCGUUUGCUUUCCAUUGCUCCCUCAAGUCCGCAAGAUCCGUCGCUACUGUCCAUCUUCUUCUCCCUCACCUUCCGGCCUCCAUGA